AUGUUUCUUUCCUCGGGAAAAAACAUGGCGUGGACUCCGAUAGGAGAUCUUAUGGCAACGGGAAGCAACGACAAAACGGUCAAACUCAUGAAAUUCAAUCCGGAAUCGUCGAAUUUUGAGGGUCAAGAAAUCGAAUUGUCCAUGCACGCCAGAACGGUGAGAGAUUUGUGCUUUCUGGAAGACACAAAUUUUUAUACAAUUUUGGUUAUGCAAUUUGCAAUACGCGAAAACACGACAAAUUGCAUAACUGAAAAAAGUAAGGCGGACGAAAAAAAAUCGGAAAAAAUCAGUGAAAAAUUGGUCCCGAGUAUCAGUAAAACAUAA